AUGAGCAGUGCAGAGAGUGAUCAAGAAUGGCUACAAUUCGUAGAAGAAGUGCAGUUGUCUUCUCCGGCCACCAGUUCUGGUGGUGGUGGCGGCGGCAAGCUGAGCCCGGCCACUUCAACUGAUCACCUGCUGGGUCCCAAGGGCUGCAUAUCCAAACCAGUCCGGAGGCGGCCUAGGGCUCCAAGGAGGAUUCCUGCCACCCUCCUCACUGCCAACACCACCAACUUCCGAGCCCUGGUGCAGCAGUUCACCGGCCGUCCCACCACACCAUUUUCAUCCAGGUCCCAGAGGGGGCCUCUCACCUUAAACUUCCAACUCGGAACCCAGCAGUAUCUUCACCCUUUCGGGUCCGAUUAUCACAGCACUGACCACCACCACAGCCACCACCACCGCCACCGCGAGCAGCAGCAGCAAUUCUUCCCGGUCAAUGGCACAAGUAUCACAAGCGACGUCCUGCUGUCGACCAUCAGUGACGCCCCGAACUCUCAAGGUAGCCUGAUCACCAUGGAGAACAUUCCUUUAGAUGAACUUAGUGUUGAUUGUUUCUCCGCUGGAUUAAAUAUGAACGAUAUUGGUCACUUCUGGUGA